AUGCCGCCAUUCAUCUACAUCAACGGCUAUCCCGGGGUGGGCAAGCUCACUGUAGCCAAAGAGCUGAAGUGUGUCUCGGUCCUACUGCGCCCGUCUGAGAAACGCUUCAAAUCCACUAAUACCAGCGCUCCGGGAUCGGAAAGCAAACUGCUUCCGAAAGCCAAAACCUUUAGCAAUCACCUCCUCAUCGAUCCCGCUGCAGCUGUUUUCGACAGAACUGCGGAAGUCUUGACAUCUAUUGCAACCGCCAAGUCAACGCGCGACGUUACCUGGAUCUUUACGGACCAGCAGUCUUCGAGCAAUCUCGGAAGCUCCUCUGCCAGAGACUACCAGAAUGCCGCAGGUGUCCGCGGCUCGCCGUUCAUCUCCAUAGUCUUGCAUUGCGAGCUGGAAGAGAACUUAACGAGGGCCACGGGUGGGGAUAGAGGCAAGGGAUCCAAUACCAAACUCACCGAUCUAGACAUCCUGCGCAGUAUCAGGGAAAGAGAGGACAUAUUUCGUUUCCAAGAUGAAUAUGAACUGGAGCUGGACGUCACGCAGUUGACUCCCAGCGAAGCGGCUGCCGCGAUCCGCGAUCACGUUGAUAUUAAGGGUUUCAAGCAUGAGUUUGUCAGCCACCUCAACCGGGGACCAUCUGACCGCGAGGUGCGCAUUCUGUGCUGGCUGGUCAGUCGUCCUCGUCACCAUGGUGGCGUGCUCUUUCUCCCCGUGGGCGACAGCACAGGUACCAUUCAGGUCGUUGUUGAGUCAUCCAAAGUGCCUUGCUGGUUCGAACUCAAAAUUUUGAAGCCGGAGUCGAGUCUCAUGGUGCAUGGAUCUCUUGCAUUCCGUCAUGAUGCGACCUUCGACAUCGUCGCCCGCGGUGUGAGUAUCAUCUCCAAGGCAACUGGUAUGCUCCAUUCCGACAUUCGGCACGCUGGCCCGAGCAUCCUUGGAUCGCAGAACACCGAUGUUCUGCUCUCGCAUAGGCAUCUCUACCUCCGGAACCCCUUAAUCCUGGCGCUCAACCUAUACCGAUCUCAGUGUUUUUCAGCUGUGCACGAGUGGUUCAAGGCCCAUCAAUUCGUUGAGAUUAGUGCACCACUGAUCACACCCUCCAUACUUUACGAGCCAAGUUCCGCCAUUCACAUCUCCAAUCUGAAAACGACCAAGCCCCUAUUUCUGUCCCAGUGCGCUGGCUUCUAUCUCGAAGCCGCUGCCCAUGCCCACGAGCGGGUGUACAACCUGGGGCCCAGCUUCAGAAAUGAGAGCCGAACUAACCGCCAUCUCAUGGAGUACUGGCACAUCAAGGCAGAGCUUUGCUCGGGAGGGAUGAACGAUAUCAUGGAUCUAGUCGAGAUCUUUCUGCACGACAUUUUCAAGGCGCAAGCCGAGGAUGCCCUCACGAACCACUUCGGCGGACCUGUCUGGCUGAUGCACAAACCUCGCUGUCUCGAGCCAUUUCCUUACCGCGUAUACCCGGAUGACGAGGAGCUGACGAUGACGGCGGACCUGAUCUCGUCCGGGGGCUUCGGUGAGAUAUGUGGUGUGGCUGAAAAGUCUUUCACUAGGGAAGACAUCGAGUUGCGGCUGAAGAGGAAGGGAAAGGCCGAGAUCCGGGACGUGUACGGGUGGGUGCUACAGUCUCGGGAUUUCGGCAUGGUACCCCACACGGCAUUUGGCAUGGGUUUCGAGCGUGUCUUGAGAUGGUUUUGUGGUGUGGGUCACGUCAAGGACAUGAUUCCUUUCCCCCGAAUUUUCGGCCGUGACCCGACUCCGUAG